AGACUGAAUGUCAUAACUAACAACCCACAAAAUGAAAGAAACUGCAUUAAUUAGCGUUUUAGCUCUAGCUUUAUUCCUCCUUAAGGUCUCAGCCAAAACAUCUCUUCCCUUUCAUUUGUCAGACAGUUCAGCAUCAUCAUCAUCAGCCAAGCUAUCAGGCUUACCGACCCUAUGCGGAGAAGCUGUUGGUGGUAGAGAAUGCCCUGAUGGGAAGUGUUGUAGUCUAGAGGGUUAUUGUGGAACAGGAGAAGCCUACUGUGCUCCUGAAAACUGUCAAAGUAAUUGCGAUGAGCCACCAGAGCCAGAGCUAGAAUGCGGAGAUCAAGCUGGUGGUAAAGAAUGUCCUAAUGGAGAGUGUUGUAGUAUAUUUGGUUCGUGUGGAACCACAGAAGACCAUUGUUGGAAACCUUUUUGUCAAAGUCAGUGCAAUGAGCCACCAUUGCCACCAGAGCCAGAGAGAUGCGGAAGGGAAGGUGGUGGUAAAGAAUGUCCUACGGGAGAGUGUUGUAGUGUAUUUGGUUCCUGUGGAACCACAGAAGAACAUUGUGAGGAACCUUUUUGUCAGAGUCAGUGCAAAACUAGUCUAAACAAGAAUCGCAUGCUGAGAGGCACUCGAAGCUUCUUCCUCAAUGCUCUCUAAGUGCAUGCUAGCUAGCUCCUAUAUAUUGAAGAUGUACUUUUACUCCUCUUUUGGGUCUAGUCAAAUGUUUGGAUAUUAAUGUAUUGUGUGUAAUUGUAAUGCAUAUGAAAUGCAUUAUUGAUUAAUAUAAUAUAGAGAUUAUGGUCCAAA